AAGCGCGCAGUGGGCGGAGUCUGUUGCUGAGCGGGAGUGACGAGUUGUUCGCAGGCUCCGCUCAGCCACCGGGAAUGAUGCAGUCAGUCCGGGCGGACACCGCGCUGCCUCAGCAGGCCGGCCUGAUUAUCACAUGGCUGAAGAAGAUGUUCGGUGACAAAGCUCCGCCUCCCUACGAGGUGAACACGCGGACCGUGGAGCUCUUGUGUCAGUUAGCGGAGUGGAACGAGACGCGGGAUAAGGAUCUGACUCUCGUCGUCGAGGAUCAGAAGAUGAAGACGGCCGAGAUAAAAGCUGAAGCCGCUUACCUGCAGGAGCUGCUCUCGGACAGUCUGGGUCCAUCCUACACCAACCUCUCUCGUAUGGGGAAUACAUAUUUAAACCAGCUUGUUGACAGUUGCCAGGCGCUGGAGAUAAAGGACUCUUCACUUACCAGCUACAUCCCGGCAGUGAAUGACCUGAGUUCUAAGCUGGUGGCCAUAGAGGCCAGUAAUCAGGAGCUGGAACUGGAGCUGAUAAACGUGAGAAAGAAUUUAACCAAUGCCCUAGUGCUGGAGAAAUCCCUGGAACUGGAUGUCCGGAAAGCAGAAGAGCAGUGCAGUAUGGAAAAAGCCAAAGUGGAGGUCCGAUCACAGAAUAUGAAGAAACUGAAAGACAAAUCGGAGGAGUAUAAAUACAAGAUAGAGACUGCUAAGGAUGAGCUGUCAGCAGCAGGGAUGGAGGACUCUCUGACGCAUCGCUCUUUGGUGGCUCUGUCUGAGACGCUGACGGAGCUUAAAGAACAAUCCACAGCUACAAAGGAGAAGCUUAAAUCUUACCUGGACCUAGCCCCUAAUCCAUCGCUGGUAAAGUUGAAGAUUGAAGAGGCAAAGAGGGAACUGAAGGCGACAGAAGAGGAAUUCAACAUGAAAGUGGACAUGAUGGAGUUUGUGCUUCCGGAGCAGAGGAGACGGAUCAAUUGAACAAACGUCGGCUUGUGAUUUCCCCC